AUGGCCGACCACAGCGAGAAACAUGUGACGGAAGAUGACAAAGCUACCCCGGCUAAAAUGAGAAAAUUGGAAAGUGGGGAUGCUGCAGAAGCCCGAGAUAAUUUUGCUGGAUUCAAACUAAUCAAAGUGCUCAACGAAAACACACGAAACAAAUGCAUAUUUGUACACGGCAGUUUCGAGGGUUCAGACGACGAUGCGGUCGUGUUGAUGGAGAAGACGCCGUUUGAUAAACAAAGUAUUUCUGCCAUGCUGACAUCGACUACAGAUCUCAAACAAGUUAUGCAGAAUGACAUAUAUGGAGUGUACACUAGUUCACCGCCUCCAGAUCUUAACGGAAUAAAUACAACUAUUAUAUAUCCAGCCACCGAUCGUCAUAUCAUGAAAUACUCAGCUCAACAAAUAUACUUAAUAAAUGAAACAGCAGAAGAAUAUCAGGAAAUUACGCUGCCAUUUAUUGAGUCACAGCCAUUCAGUUUACAGUGGGUUUACAACAUUCUUGAUAAAAAAGCCGAAUCUGAUAGAAUUAUUUUUGAAGAUGAAGACACAGACACUGGAUUCAUACUAUUGCCGGAUAUGAAAUGGGAUGAAAAACUGACAGAAAACUUGUAUAUUAUUGGUAUUUGUCAUAAAAGAGGAAUUAGGUCGCUCCGUGAUCUCGGAAGAGAACACCUACCACUGCUGAAUAAUAUAGCAAAGAAGGGGAAGGAAGCUAUAUGCACCAAAUAUGGAGUGAAAGAGAAUCAGUUGCGUGUAUAUCUGCAUUAUCAGCCAUCCUACUAUCACUUACAUGUUCAUUUCACCCAUGUAAACUUUGAUGCUCCAGGUAUGAAUAUUGGAAAAGCUCAUCUCUUAUUAGAUGUCAUGGAGAAUAUUGAAAUGCAAAGUGACUAUUAUCCUAAAAAGACCUUCACAUUUACUGCAAAAGAGAAAGAUCCACUUUAUCUGAAAUAUAAAGCUGCUGGAAAGAUGUAA